UGUUAUAGCUGUUAUUCGCCAUAAACAAUACCCGAUCAUGACACCACCACCGGCAGCUUGGUGCGCGCAUCAGACACUCUCCGUGCACGCCAAACCCAUAUCCAGCCUCUCCUUCUCACCUGAUAAGGGUCUCCUAGCUUCCUCAUCCGCCGAUUCCUCAGUUAAAAUUUGGCGUUUGACGUCCACGAACGAGCUGGAGACGUCGCCCAAGGCCUCACUAUACGGACACGAGGCUGGAGUAUCUGAUGCCUGUUGGUCGCCAGACUCCCGGCAUUUGGCAUCGGCUUCAGACGACCGCACGGCGCGACUUUGGGAUGUGGAAACGGCCAAGACGCUAGCCACGCUAGGCGCCACCCACCGGAGCUUGGACGCUGCCCUCACCAUUCCAUUGUCAUUAUUGGAGGGGUCCUCUACGACCUUGGGGCUCGACGAAGACGGGAUUAGCUCUGGAGUUGUGGCGACGGAUCCACCCGUGGAGUCGCAUACAGGUUUUGUCAGCUGCGUGGCCUUCAACCCGCAGGGAUCGCUGGUAGCCACGGGCUCACAUGACGAGAACGUGAGGCUCUGGGAUGUCCGUAAUGGUAGGACAGUUGCUGACAUUGGCGCUCAUCAGGAGCCGGUGGUGAGCGUGCAGUUCCACCCGACGGACGGCUCGCUGCUGGUCACGGCCGGAUACGACGGCCUGGUGCGUGUAUGGGAUGUGGCUUCUCGUCAGUGUCUGCGCACAAUUAUUACGGAGCCGGCAGCGCCUGUGGGCAGUGCGAGGUUUUCCCCGAAUGGACGAUAUGUGCUCAGCUCGGCUCUCGAUGGCACGGUGCGUCUCUGGGACUACAUGCGCGAUAUCUGUGUACGCACGUACAGCGGCCAUGUUAAUCGCAAGUUCAGCAUGCAGUGCGCCUUCCUGGAGCAGCAAUGGAACAAGCAGCCAGUUGUGGCCUGUGGAUCGGAGGACAACCGUAUUUUCAUGUGGAAUGUGGGCUCACAGGACGUAACUUCUGUCUUGACCGGCCACGACCAUCCAGUACUUGCACUCGCAGCUCAUCCGACUCGCGCACUGAUGGUAUCGGGCUCCAAUCGAGACAUCAAGAUGUGGACUCCAAGUGUUGAAGCUGAUGGCGAUAGUAACAUGGAGAGCAAUGGCACAAAGGACCCAUCCAAGUGAAAAGAUUUGCCAAGAAUGUGUAAGGAGCUGUGCAGAUGACGUCGAGCAGCAUGGAGAAGCACAAUGAGUCUAUUUAUUACUUCGAUCCCAUGUCAUUCCAGCUUGAUGACCAUGAAGACUAUCCUUCAACAGAUACGGGAAUUAACUAGCGAUCUUUCCGGCGCACUGCCAUCUAUUGGGUCUUCUGCAUCUGCUGCAUCUUGCUAAGGUUCUUGAGGUAACUGAGCGUAAACUGGUUGUCAUCACAACUGCAAAAACAAACACAAAACUGUCAGUACUAAGCACACAAUUCUCAUCAAGGACGACAUCAGCGUACAUCUUGGCGAGGUCCUGCAGAUGGCGUGCAAUGCUCUUCUGCAGCGAACGCAGGGUCGGCAGACACGUAGCACUGCUCGACGGGUCAUCACGCAAAGUCUGGCCAUGAGUGUUAAGCACUGCAAGACUCCACUGAAGGUAGAACUCGAGAUGUGGACUACGCUCCAUCCGCUUGGCGAGCAGCUGUAGCAAUCGCUGCAGAUACAUAUCACCACGCAGAGUCUGUGCCACUAGCGGGAUGCUAGCGAUAGGAACACCCUCCACGCAUCGAGCAAUAAGCGGUUCCUCGUUCAGAUGCAGCGCCAUCACCAAGGCACGAGCGUAUUCGCGGCGUGCCAGGGUCUGUGUGAUGGUUUCGGGUGUGAUAUCCUCGUCCAAUUCAAACGGGUCGAAGGCCAGACUCUCAUCCAGCCCAUAGAUCAGCAAGCCUUCCGUGGUCGCAGCAGCCCAAGCACGCCCCGUCGGGGAGAACAGAACCGCCUUGGACAGCACCUCCAUAUUCUUGCGACGACUACCGGGAUCAACAGCACGUUUUGCACCUACCAGACUGUCACCAGCAUUGCGACCUGAAGCCUCCGAGUCAUCCAGAUGAGCAUCCAGUUCAGUCUUACUGAGACCGCUCUCAGUAACGUUCUUGUUGUUAAGCUUCUCCAAGAUGCCAUCAAGCGACAAAUUGUGUGAGAUCUGGAACUUCUUGAGCAAAAUCUGCGGCUCCACUGCGUAGAUACACACAAACUUGGAGCGUCCGCCGGCAAGCAGAAGCGAGCCGUCAGCCGAGUAGCAAACACUCGUGAAGUGCUUGGUCAACUGGUUGUUAGCAGCCGUGAUGCGAUCUCCUUCCUUACGACCACCAGCAAUGUCGCGCUUUCCGUCAAUCGUACCAACUUGCUCACCAUCCUUGACGUCCCAAAUGUUGAUCGCACCGUUGAGUGUAGUCGAAGCCAGUUGUUUACCAUCCGGACGGAAGGCAACAGCCAGUACGUCCGUGGGGUGGGCGAGGGGCUCGAUGAAGCUCUUCUUGCUAGCAAACAGAUUCCACAGACGCACCGUAUGGUCCCACGAUGCCGAUGCCAGAAUAGGCUCCGCAGAGGACGAAGGAGAAAAAGACAGCGAAGUUACGGGGCCUGUAUGGCCACUGAGGACGUCUGUAAGACGUCCAGUCUGCAAAGACCAAACGUACACGUUGAACGGGUCCAUGGAACCAGCACAGACAACCUGGCCACUCGGAUCCAGUGCUAGUGAGAGGAAUUGUGUGGGCUCUGGGGUGGUGAGGACGCGGAAGUUCUUGUACCGGUUCAGGUCGAACGCACGCACGGUACCAUCCAGCGACGCACUCAAAACGGCUUGGCCAGAGGGAGCGAACUGCACUGCUGUCACCGGGGCCGAGUGCUCUGUGAAGGUGACGUAGCAGAAGCCGCUGUUUGUGUCCCAAAGUUUGAGUUUGGCAUCGUCGGCUCCUGUGGCAAGCAAGCGUCCGUCUGGUGAGUAGCUCGCAGCGUUAAGGUCGAAGUAGUGGCCCUGUUGCUUGAGCACGUACGUCUCCGAUCGCCACUCCCAGACCAGCAGCUGACCUAGUUUACGCGACGCAAAGGCCAGCCACUCGCCUGUGGCGUUCACUGCUACCGUCUCCAACUCGUUCUGCGUGACACUUAACGUGUGGAUGUUCACAAAUGCAGGCAGUUCAUACAGACCAAAUGUGCCGUUGCCAAAACCAACCACGAGCAUGCCAGUGGACGAGUGGAAGGUACAACACAGCACCUUGGCGAAGUCCAUCUUGAGCACGUGCUUCUGGCAAGUGUACCAUUUAGUAGCACGGGCAAUUUCCGGGAUAGAUUCCUGCUCUUCGGACAGUUUACGCUUGCGCUUCUUGCUAGCACUUUCAUCCUCACUGUCGCUGUCGUCGCUGUCAUCGCUGCUGGCACCGUCACCUUCCUUGUCCUCCUUCUCAUCAUUCUCCUCCUCCCCCUCGCUCUCCUCUGAGGUCCGUUCCAGCAUCUCCACAUCUGGUAAUUUGUAUUUCCAUUCGAAAGCGCCACCAUCCCGUCCAACUGUGAAAAUUGAUCUGUCAUCUUCCGCGAAGAACGCGCCAACGACCACAUCGCGGUGACCCGAGAGCGUCAAUGGCUUGAAUCCUGGGUACGGGUCCACUGAGAACACACGCGCUGACAGAUCCUCAGCACCCGUGACGAAGAACUUGGCGUCGUGCGACCACGACACGCUCACCACAUCUGCGUAAUGUCCAGUAUACGUGCGGUGCAGCACAAACGGAGCAAAUUCCCGAACAAGACCAGGAGUGCGCCACAGCUGCACCUUGUUACCAAUUGCAACGGCAAUGUAGCGGUCGUCGGGACUGAAGUUUAAGGCCUUGACAGGCUGCUUAAAGUGAAAGCGGUACAGUACUGCACCACGCUUCAAGUUGACAAGCAAACAACGGCCGUCCUCGUCCACAGCCAGCAAUAGCCGCGAGUCAUGAGAGACAGCCACACGCUCCACAUUCUUGCGCGCUUCAAAGGCGAAAGUCCGUGAUGUAUUGCUGCAAUAAUCAACAAUUGUUGCGAAAGAUUAGUGGCCAAUAUAUCAGUUUGCCAAUGUAUCAA